GCUGUCAACAAAAAAAAAAGAAGAAAAUACACAAAAACGUAGCUAUGAAAAUUUGAUGUUGUUUCGCAAAAGGUUUGAGCCAACCUAUCAGAAUGUCUGUAUUCGCUGGACUGUUCCCGAAGUCGAGCCAAGCGUCUGCGAAGCCAGAGCCAAGCAGCCACAUACUGGGACUGCAUGAGGAGAUCAUACGCCAGCUGUUUGGAUAUUUGCCGCGUCUGAGCGACAAGGUGCGACUGGCGUGCGUGGCGCCCAAGUUCCGGCAAGCGUUUGAGAGCUGGGCGCGCACGAGUCAGCAUACGCUGGAUGCGGAAGAUGUGGAGUGCAUGCGGCUGCCCGAUAUAAUUGAUUUCUUUAAGGUAGCAGGACCGUAUAUAACGACGCUGACAGUUAACUGUGCUUCGUUUGAAAAGGAAUCGCUGGUGGUGGAAUUUGUUUCGGAGUACUGCAAGAAUCUGCAAGAGAUUCGCUACACCAAUGUAACGGACGAGUUUCACUAUCGCAGCAUAAUGCCGCGUCUGAACAAUUUGCGUAGCGUGUGCAUUGACUGCAUGGAUGCGGAAGAUGUGCUCAACUUUAACCUGGACACCAAUCGUGAGCUGGAAAGCUUUGAGCUCGUCAAUGGCUGCUACACGGGCAAGAAUCUGUGCGGCUUUCCACAGCUGCGGCGCCUGGUGCUGCGCGACUGUCUUCUCUGGAAUUCGGGUGAGUUUGGCAUACCGCUGCGAGCGCUGCGCACGCUGGUGCUGGACGAUUGCUGCUUUGAGGUGGUGAAUCAAUCGUUGUACGAGAAGAUAGCCGAGUGCUGCGGACUGCUGGAGGAGUUGAGCUUCUCUGGCUGCGAUGCAAGCUUCGAAGUGAUUGCGCAGCUGCCGAACCUGCAGCGCUGCACGCUGAAGACUUGGAUGACUUCGAAUGAGCUCAACAUUGGUUUUCUCUCUACGCUGGCGGCGCAGCAUGGCAACAAGCUUGUCUACUUUAAGCUUACGGGUCAGUUCGAAAUCUCCAACGAGCAUGCCCGUUGUCUGGGUCAGUUGAGCACAUUGAAGGAGCUGCAUUGGUGCAACAACGAUGUGCUGGACGAUGAUCACUUCAAGUUCUUUAAUGAGCUGCAUGCGCUGGAGGUUUUCAGCAUGUCCUGGUGUGGACGCGUCUCUGAUGUGGGUCUCAUGCGUCUCGUACGCAAGUGCACCAAGCUGCAACGCAUCGAUCUGAAGAGCUGCGAUGAGAUCACCGAUCAGCUAGUGCUCAAUGCCAUUUACUGUUGUGGCAAGGCCUCCAGACGCCCACUGCUGCUCAAUGUGCAGGGCACUAAGAUUAGCAGUAGCAUGCUGACGCAUCCGGACUAUGAGCAGCCGCAGAACAAAGUCAAGCUAAACUUUACGAAUGUUGUAGUCUAAUUUCGGUUUUGGCCUUUGUAGCACACACACACACACACACACACACACACAUCAACGAUUUAUAAACAAGGAAGUGUUUGCUUUACAUAUAUCACGUUACGUAUACGUCUAGUUGUUCUAACUCACGCAUACAAUGCUCCAUUAACUUAAUUGCCAGUUAUAUGGCACCUUGGCGCAUUGCUCACAACUCCAAUUGCAAUAAAUUGUCUCGUGCUCUCGCUUACAGCAUUGCCGCUUGAACUUUGCCGUGCUUCCGAGCCAGUAAAACCAGCCGAUCGACCAGCCAAUUGAAUUGAUGUCUGUGUUAGCAGCAGGAAGCCCCGUCUCUACUCGACUUAGUUAUGCUUGCUGCUCUGGUUUAGUCAUCGCUUUACACGCGGCGAACAAAAUGCAUAAUUUACACUUUUACUCAACUUGAAAAUAGGCACAAACAAA